AUGGAGUACGAGAUUCAGCCGGCUCUCCCUGCCGGCUUUUAUACUUCCAACCUCCAUCUCGACGUGCGUGAUUGGCUUAUCCCCCGCAGAGCCAAGCAUAUCUCGCACGAAGAGAUAUGCAACUCGCACAAAUCGCUCAGCUCCAGGGCUUUCUAUCAGUACGAGUCGCUGGAAGCCAGUUCGGACGCGUUCCGGCUGUUGUAUAUCGACAUCGGCGAUGAGUUGGAACCCAUUACCUGCAGCUUGCAAGUAGCCCGUCCCGGGACCUCUUAUUCCGCCAUCUCCUAUAUGUGGGGUACAGGUACAGGUUCCUUACCGAUCCAGGUUGAUGAACAAACAUUCCUGGUAUCGGAAAAGCUGUGGUGGGGACUAUGGCAUCUGCGGCGGCCAAGAGGAGUUGGGGGCGAGCGAUGGCAGGGGCCUCAGGGUCCUUUUUGGAUAGACGCCAUCUGUAUCAACCAGGCAGACGUGAUAGAGAGAAAUCAGCAGGUAGCUAUAAUGGGCGACAUUUACACCGGGGCCGAUCAUGUUUACAUCUGGUUUGGACGCGACACCGCCGGCGGCGGGCUCUUUAAUAUGCUGUCGGACCUACAGAUACUUGUGCAAGAUCAUAAAACAAACAACGCGCUACCUGGGCUCGCGCUAUUUUUCGAGAAUGACUAUUGGAGGAGAGUGUGGAUUGUGCAAGAGCUGAUUCUUGCUCGCGACGUCUUGAUUGUGUAUGGGUUCCAUGUCGUACCUUGGAAGGUUCUGGAGGACGUGUUUCGACUAUUAGAAGCCAAGGCGGAGUUCUCUUGGUCAAGUCAUCCUUUAUUGACUAGCCCCGCCGCUAAGAUUAUCGAGUUGCGGAUGAGGCGAGACAUAGGUGGCGAUUUGUUGUCGUAUUGGAGGAUGUUUGAGGACAGCCAGUGCUCUGAUCCACGGGACAAGGCCUUUGGGUUUUUAGGUUUGAAUGGCAGGCUGGCGAGCCACCGGAAUACCCUCCAGGAACUCAAGGCCGACUAUAUGAUAUCGUUGGUUGAGCUCUUCCAGCAGAUGCUUGGACUGAGGAGAUAUGGUGGCUCCGAGGAAUGGAUAUCUGCCUCCCACACCGAGAGGCAGCUCGAGACGUACCAUCCGCGCCAUCGGGAUGCUUCUUGGAAACAGAAAAUGAGUCGCUGCCGGGAUAUUAAAGAAAGAGAAAUCCACGGCCAUUAUCAAUCAACAAUCGCCUUCAGCCAGUUCUUUUGUCGUCUCCUCUUUGGAGAAUCCCCGUCGGCGGCAGAUUCGGAGUCCCUCACUGGACAAUCCUUCUCAUCGGAUCGAGAACUAUUUGAAUCUCAAGGCCAUAUAAUGGGGAUUUUAAAAAAUGAUCUGGGACCAGCCGACAUCUCUGAACUCAGUGACAGCGACCGGACACGGCUCAGACCGUGGCACCGCCAACGCUCAGAUGCAAGCAAAGACAAGAGUAGCAUGUGUAACUCACGAGACUUCAUCUUCAGUCAGAAAUGGCAGGAUCAAACACCACCCUUUGACUGGGAUUUCAAUGCCAUCCACAUACACCACACGUCAUGCGGGCAACCAGCGAUACCUUGUUCCACCACCACAGGUUGCGAUCACAAGCCCGAGCCCCGAGUGUUCGAGACAGACUCGGGGCUGAGAGUAUACACAGUAGGCGACGCCCGCACAGGUGACUACCUAUGUCGCUUUGAAAAGUGCGACGUGGCCGCUGUAUUCCGUCACAUGGGAGACGCGGAAGACCAUAAAUUCUACAGAGGAGCCCCCGUGAAACGAACCCGUAAAGAAUAUCAUCUGGUCGGUCGUGCAAUGGUAAGCAUGGGUGAAGGGGAGGAACCGACGAGGCUACACGAACAUACGGCACGAACCUUUCGACACAGCGUGCUUGAGCCUGGACAUGACAAAAGUCAUACGGCCAUCAUGGAGCAGUACUUUGAUGCCAAAACCUUGCGAUACCUGACAUGUUGA